CAAAUUAUAGUUUAUUUGACGUUGCAGAAAUAGUGAAAAAUUUGAGUUCGACAAUGUGUUGUUAACCAAGCCAUGGCGGCCAUCUUGGUUGGCGGGCCGGGUCAUCGGACACAUUUUUAAACUAGAUACCCCAAUGAUGAUUGUGGCCAAGUUUGGUUAAAUUUGACCCAGUAGUUUCAGAGGAGAAGAUUUUUGUAAAAGUUAACGACGGACGACGGACGCCAAGUGAUGAAAAAAUCUCACUUGGCCCUGUGGGCCAGAUCAUUUAAAAGAAGAUGCAUUUAGUGUGGUUCUUCGUCGUGUUAAGUCUUCUAAACAAUACCAGACUGGUAAAUGGUUGUAAUAGGGGAGGUAAUCGAGGAUAUGAGGUUGCAGCGCAAACAGCACGAGACACUCAAGUUGCAAUUGAUAAUUUGAAAACCUAUGUUCAGCAAGAGUUCUUUGUAGUGAAUGCUAGAAUAAAUGAGUUACAGGUUGCCAUUGUCGAAGUUAUAGCACCACAAGCUGCGAGAAUAGCUAAUGCAACUGAAUCUAUUUCAAAAACGGCAGAUAGACUUUCAUGGAGAAUCGCAGAAAGUUUGAAUAAAGUUGAUGACAUUCUGAAAGAAGUACAUGGCGGAAUACGUUUAGUUUUCAUUAUACUGUUACUAAUUGGUUCAGUAAUAUGCCAAUAUAUACAAGAUGCAAUUGGAAAUGUCCUUAAACCUAGUAUUCGUAUUCGAUUUUCAAAAACUUUGUUUUACAUACUCCAAAUAUUUUGCUGUGUAUUCGCAUUUGGCAUUUUAAUCGACUUUUUCUUGUUUUCCGUCUUACAGUUACCACUACAAAUAAUUCGUCCGGAGUUUAGAGUGCUACUUAUUUACACGUGCCCCCUUAUAUUUGUGGUUGUGUACUAUAUAGUGGGAUUGACACUGACAAUUUGUAUUCAAACUUUAGAGUUUAUCAAAUUUAUUUUACAUGGACCCUAUUUGCUCUCAGUUGCGCCUUAUGUCGUUAUGUAUCAAGUAUACAAACAUCGAAAAUACUAUAGAAACCGGACUGGAGUAUACAUCGCAAUGUUCUCUAUAUCGGCACUUCCUAUAUUCGUUCUUGGACUAUGGCAGUUAUUCACUGGACGCCGUGUAAACAAAUUCAGUGACUUCCAAGACAAUGAGGUGGAUACAAAUCUUCUGGGAAGUAUUCUUCUAACGCAUUUAAUGUAUUUAAUAGAAGCAAUAAUUUUACAGAAAAAAUACCCAAUUCCUGAUAUGGCCAUGGUAAACAGGCCGUAUAAAAACAUACGUUUUUAUCUGGAGAGAUGACAUCACUCUUUAAACUUAGUUUUAACAGUUCAUUCAACCUAUGCGAACAUUUUUAAAUUUAGGUUAAGAAAUGUAUAAAUAAACAGAAUCAGUGUGAUAAAACAAUAAAACAGUCACUAACUAAGAUCCAAUCAAUUUACAACCAGUUUAGGGGACGACCAGAUGAUUUUCGGGGUGGUGGGGGUUGGGCAGGAGGAUUUCCUGGCUUGGUGUGAACUGAAAAAAAAAACUAUCUUUGGACAAGACAGAAUGAAAAUGAAUGGAAAAAUCAUGAAUAGCAAUAGAUGAAAAUAAAUAUUCACCCCCUCCCCCCAAAUAUUAAAUGGUCGUCCCCUUAAGCCUACCAUUUAAGUUUUUUCUAACUGCAAAUGUAACAGUGCAGGGUAAUGGUAUGCUUACGGUAGCUUAUCUCCUUUAAAGCAUAAUUCUCAACACAAUAAAACAGUGGAAAAAUAAGGGUUUUCUUAUCUUUUUUUUAAAAGGCUCGGUGUGUAAAGUUGUCCUGCGAGAGAAUGUUCUGUGCUGGUGAUUAGGUCCUGAUCGGUGCUUGUGAUUAUUGAAAUUAUGUUAAGAAGACGAAAAUAACGGUUUUUGACAAGACGUUAAUCUUUUUUUAAUCUAAAGUUGCAGAAUCAAAAGAAUUGGUCUAAGAAUUCUUUUCAAUCGUCUUUUGACACGAAUGUUACUAGUACCUUUUUGACAUCCAUUUCACUGUACAAAUAGCGUUUUCGGAUAAUCAGAACAACAUAUUAAUACUUAAAAAGGGCAAUAUCUUCAGUUCAGUAUUUAAUUAGCUCUACUAAAGCUAUCACAUGCCCUUACAGGGGCAUUUGCCGUCAAAUUCAUGUUCACAGAUUUGACUCAAAUUCUUAAUUUGAUUUAUAACAUACUAAAUCGUAUAUCCAAAUUACAAAAAAGUCUAAAAAAAAACAAUUCACAAUGCAUAGACUCGUUAUAAUGUAUCAGCAUUCUGUGUGUAAUUUAGACUAGAUGCCAUCUAAUUAACCAUCGAGAUGACCUCCGAAGAAUGCAUAGAGUCAUAUGACCUGAUGUUCACAUAAAUAUAAAUACACAGACAAGCAUUUGCAAUCGUUUUCAUGACGAUUUCAUGAUUUAGAUUUUUAAAAAAUGUAAAUCAUUAUUUUAACUGUAUGAGAAUGAUCAGUCAACGAAAUGGUUCUUCCCGGUGGCUCCUUUGCUUCACUUUUCCACAUUGAUAUUCUUCAUUUUUAACAAUUUUAACAUACUAAGCACGUGCGUAGUCUCCAGAGAAGAGUAACAAUGAAGGUUGCAUGAAUUCAAAUAAGGUUGAUUUAUUGACUUUCAAGCCAUUAAUACAUCAGAGAUGUUUUUGAGCUUAUUUUGACUAUUCGUUUUGAAAAUUGAACCAAUCUGUUAAUAGCGGAAUUUUAUUUCACAAUUCCGCUUUAUAAAUGUUAUAGACGACUUGACUACAUAACAUAAUGUUUCGACAUUUAGAAUAAUAAAAAGUAUGAAAUUCUCCAGAAAGUUCCUAUACAGUGUUUCUCUGCUUGUAAAUGUGUAAGUGGUGGCACAUAUAUAUCCAAAAUAUCUUUUUACAUCUUUAUUCGGGCGUAUGAGAAAAAUCAACUAGAGUAACUUGAUGUCAAAGGCAUAUUUGUAUUGUCUAUGACAUCGAAGUAGAAUAUCAUCUGUAUAACCCUUAGUCGUACACUUUUUACAAUAGCCGAUAGAAAGACAAACGUUUCGACAUAACACAUGGUCUUGUCAAUCUCAACCUUUCUUCUUUUAACAAUAAUGAUAAUAAUUCCCAAUACGUUUGCUGGUUGAUUGUGUUAUUUUAUUAUACAAAUGUUAAUAUUAUAAAAACAAGAGAGAGCGAAAGAGAGAAAGAGAGACUUCAUAAUUUAAAUACUUUUAUUUCAUAGUUGAAUCUUUUAUUCCUGGUGUUGCAAAGCAAAUGUUUUCAAGAACUCAAAGUGCCACAUGAAUAUUUAUCCAUUCUCAUGAUGCCAUUAACACAGUAAAUUCUGAAAACAAAACAAAACCAAUACUAGUAAUCAAUUUCGCAUCUUUCAUUUUGAAUAUUUUAGUAUCUAAGCAGAACAUAGAUAAUUACAUAUGUGCAUUUGAUAAUAAAUGUUCUGUAUGUUUUA